ACUUGCGUGCAACCACCAUCUUACUUGUCUGCGUCUGCUGCCCACUACCCCUUUGGCUCUCGCCUGCGUCGUUCUUUUCUUUCGUCUGUAAAUGUUACUAUGUCUGCUAUCGAUCACCGACAAACAGCAUCUGUUUCCCAGAAUCACAAGGCUCAAUUAGCAAGCGCGUACAAUGAACUUGGCAAGGAGUUGUCUUCCCAGAAGAUUAGGGUUAUUGGGAACUACACUUUGGGAAAGGCUAUCGGAGAAGGUGCAUACGGCAAGGUGCGCUUGGGCGUGCAUCGACUAACAGGGACCCGUGUGGCGAUCAAGCAAAUCCCUAAGGCCAUGUCUGCUUCCCUGACCCGAGAAAUUCACCAUCACCGCCAGCUCCACCACCCCCACGUCACCCAGCUGUACGAGGUCAUUGCUACCGAGAACUACAUCUGGCUCGUUACCGAGCUAUGUUCCGGAGGCGAACUCUUCGACUACCUCGCGGAGAAGGGCCGUCUCUCCGAGGACGAGACGCGCAUGGUCUUCGGCCAGCUCUGCCUCGCCGUAGCCUACAUACACGAGAAAGGGAUUAUUCACCGCGAUCUAAAGCUCGAAAACGUUCUGCUGGACGAACACUGCCGCGUGAAGCUCGGCGACUUUGGCUUCACGAGAGAAUUCGAUCGUGGUACAUUGCUUGAAACGUUUUGCGGCACUACAGGCUACGCAUCUCCAGAGAUGCUCCAGUCACAGAAAUACCUUGGUCCAGAGGUUGAUAUCUGGUCACUUGGGGUAAUCUUGUAUACGUUGCUUACGGGCAUGCUUCCGUUUGACGACGACGACGACGACGUCAUGAGGACGAAGGUCAUUAAAGGCGUGUUCGAAGAUCCAGAAUGGCUGUCUGAUGAGGCUCGUGAUCUUAUCAAGAACAUUUUGGUGGUUGAGCCAUCAAAGCGACUAAGCAUUGCUCACAUACUGUCUCAUUCGUGGUUUUCACCACACCAAAGUUUACCAUCUUUCCCUCCAAUACUAAGCGGCUCUGGCGCUGCUGCAUCUCGCUCAGCUUCGCCUACUCUUAUCUCCCCGGCGUCCCUGGAGCCCCAGCCAGUCUCCGCCUCCUCUGAAGCUUCGGACGCCACUUUUCACUCUGCCUCGUCUGAAUUCUCGCCCCCAACACCGUCAACACCAGAUGACGUAGCUGUUGGUGUCGUCCAAGACGAAGACUCUGCUCUCUCUCGCAUCGCUAGUGUCAGCACACUCCGGUAUGCUGUCGAGUCGCUGGCGGAUAAGCUUCCUCCAGUGAGCAGCGCUCAGGAAGUGAUGUCACCUGAGGGCGAGCUGUUGGUCGAGGCACCGGUCCGACCGUCAUUAUCACGACGAACUACCGCUUCGCGCGCUUCGACUUCGUCCAAGGGGCCGCCGGCGUUACCGACGCGAACGCCGGUACGAACCAAGCGACGAUCAGUAUCCUCGACUCUGUCUGAGUCUGACUCACCAAGUGGGUCAAAGCGUUCCACCGCACCGCAACCGCCUCAAAACUUCUCAUCGCUACUCGGCACGCCGGCACCCCUCAUUUUCUCUACCCCUCUCGAGCGGGAACUGCUGACCAGUCUGAGUGUGCUCGGUUUCGACACCGGCCAGAUCGUGCACUCUGUCCUCGCGUAUGCUUGUGAUGCAACUGGUGCAUUAUGGUGGAUGCUCAAGCGGAAGGCGGAGCGGCGAACACUGCAGGAGGCAACUUCAAAAAUCCGUAGCGAGUCCAGAGUCAGCGUAGGCCGCGAAGGAGCGCAUCAUUCUGAAGAGGAGAAACCGAAGACUCGUUCGUUCAGUAACGGUAAGGAGGAGCGCUCCCGGUCACCUAUUCCCCAAGCCUUAGUGCAAGCACAUUCAGCUCCAGAACUGCAAUUUAUUCCUGCGACCCCUACUGCCUCUAUGCAUCGCCCAGCAACGCCCCCAAGAGCUAUGUCCCCCUCUAAUCCGCUACUCUCUCCGGGUAACAAUACUCCUGUUGAAUCUAUGAAAUCUCAUCCUAGCACUCCUAGUGGUAGUGUGAAGGAGAAGGAUGGUAGUAAAGGUCGCAAGAUGCGCUCUGGUAGUGUCAGCAUCAUGCAGCGCGCUGCCACAGCUCUCGAAGCCGCCGGCCUGGUCCGCAAGAAAUCCAACGAGGCUGUAAAAGAGGAGAACGAGAAGCGCGUAGCCAGCCAAGAAGAUUCACGCGUAUCUCAUGGGUCGCACACUGGAUCAGGCAAGCUCCUGAAGUCACCCCCAUUGAAGCCUGUCAAGGAUGAGCCUAGCACCCCACCACGUACGCUGCCCUUAAACCCGGUGCCGACUACUGUCGGUUCGCCCUGGGUCCUUGCUGAGCCUCAUCACCAAUCACCGCAAUUUACCCCUGCGAACUCUCCCGGAAACUCGCUUGGCACGCUGUCUACCAUUGGCGAGAAUUCCGUCAAAUUGGGCAACGGCCAGGGUCGCAAUCGGGCCAGUCUACUCUCAGCGUUCCGCACAUGGUUUAAGGAAGAUGCGAAGGGCAAGCGCAAGGAGCCGCCGCCUGCCUUGGUCUCUCAGAGUCUUGCCUACCCGCAGAAUCCAGGCAGUCCGAGUCCCGGCCCAUCAACGGGUCGCGGUCGUGGUACAGUCAAACGACGCAUGAGCAACGGUAACACGCGCCCGAAGGUAACCCCCGGCCGCAAGACUGGCAACCGUGCCAAGCGAGGCUCCGUGUCCUCGCGUCGCUCAAGUAGUGUCAACUCGAAACGGUCGUCAGCGACGUCAAUGCAGAUUGGCGGCUUCGAGCCAUCGUCGUACGGUGAGCAGAUGGCGUCGAUAUCACGGCAGCGGAGUGACCCCAGCAGACAGUCGUUUGGUGCGCAUACACCCAACUCCGAGUCGCGCCCGUCCUCUGUGCACAGUUUCACGGCGCAGCAACCGCGACACCGGAAGUCGCCUUCUGCUAGUUCAGCGGGGUCGCUCUACAAUGUGGGCCGGACUAGUUCGCCUCUUCCCUCAAAAAUCCACAGAAGGCACGGCUCUGGCUCGUCAACGAGGGUAGUGCGGCAGCUGCCCCUGGGUGCAUCUUACAAGCAGCCGCAUCUCCGUUCAAACUCUGCCUCGUCCAAUCAUUCUCUCUCGUCGUCGCGUCAUGGUUCUCUAUACGAGCUUUCCGAGGCUGAAGAGGUCGCGAAGGAUUCCCCGGCACGCUAUUUUGCUCGUGGCGCAGAUGACACUCCGCGGCGAGGCGGACACAGCCCUACGACGUUCGUCGCGCAGAAGCGCACGACGCCGUUCAGCAACCCCGGUGGAGGAAGCAACGCCCACCUGCACUCAAUCGGCCGCUCGAGCUGGAAGAAAUCGUGGGGGAUGGAACCUCCUGGCUGGCAGACGCGCACGGCGAAGGCGUCGACGAUCGAGGUGCUCGCGGUCUUCCCGUCGCCGGCGGGCGGCAUACGUGAUGUUUUCACGGGCAGGCAGUCGUUCAGCAUGGGCGACGAGUCAGACUGGGUCGACGAGGACGACGACGUGUCUGGCUACGUCGGCGGUCUCGGUCAGAUGCCGGUAUCAUCUCCGACUGUCUUCGGGCAGCCCGAUUCGCCCAUUAUUGCGCCGCCCGUCAGCCAUGUGAGCAGGGGACCGAACACCAACCGUACGGGCAGCAGAAGUACUGUGUCGCCGAUCCCAGGAAGGAACAGCCGGCGGACGACGGGUCGAUCACCCGCGGGACGUACUUCGCCUGCACCUGGCGAAACGUCUUUCGAUCUCCCACCGGAAAUUCGGGGAGGUCGCCGUGGGCAGCUGCCUAAUACUCAGCCUGCGUUCCGUCAAACUAUCCAAGAGGAGGAUGAGGACGAGGAGGAAUAACAUCAGUGGCCCGUACAUUUUACGCGAGCUUUGCACGGGUCUCUCGCACUUGCGUCUUCCAACGUAGAUCUUUUUUCUAAUUACCGUAACUCGAUUUAAAGCGCAGUACAUAGUACGGCUGCUCUGUCUGAGACCGGGCGGCUUUGGCACUUGUUUAUUCGCAUGUCUUCCGCAUCUGCUGUGAAUUCGCUCUUGGGAUACCCGUUGUACUCUGGUCACGGUGGAAAGUUCGCUACAGACUAUACUAGGGCUCACGACGUAUGCAUAUUUUCUUAUAAGUGACAUACAUGAGACAGUUGUAUCGGUAGACUUCGCAGAGACCUGCUGCCGUAUACUACACAAAUUCUCUGCCAAAUCCCGAGACAAGGCCUCGCUAACACUACAAACAGGUUCAAGGAACACUAACGUCGGAACUCAACGUCGCAGACAUAACCUAACUAGUCGCACUGCUUUCGCAGCCAUAGUCUGAGCCUACCACACCUUGGCAGCCGGCUGCUCUUGUUCGCUAGCCGCCAUGAGGGCUUCGCCGGUGAGCUGGGCGAUCCGCUCAAACGCGUCCAUCAUGGCGGGCACCACGAUCGGCGUGUUGCUUUCCCUCCGCGCGUCGUCGAGCAGGUCUUCCGCGUGCUUGCGCCUCCGGCGCUCGUUCUCGCAGGCUUCCUCGACGAGCUGCCGGCGCACGGUCUCACUCUGCAGGCGCGACCGCAGUGCUACAAUGGGACGCCAACACAGUAAGAGCCCUGCUCUGCUUCUCUUUUCGGGGGCGC